AUGGUGGUGCAGAAGAUUUCUUCUGAAUCGCAGAGAGGAAGGGGGAAUCCCACUGGGAAAGGAAUACCCGUAACAGAGAUAAUAACAUCUUCUUCUGAUGGGCGUCCGUUUAAAGGAACCCUUCCCUCGAGCGUCAAUCCGGAUCAACUGAGACAGGCCAAGCUCCUGGCGGAGAACGCCGUGAAGGAGAAAAAGAUCUUCACCAUCCACGGCCCGUACCCAGUGAUCCGCGCAUGUCUUCGGGAGCGAGGAUGGGUUGAGCGCGAGCUCCCCAACCUUACAAAGCGUCCCAAGAAAGACAAGUAUAAAGGCGUUGGAAGUUGGAACGACGACGACGGUGAUCUGGAGGAUUCCCACAAGCUUGCGUCAUGGCUUGUCCGCGACGAAGACCCCAGUUUUUUGUGGACAGUCAGACGCGACUCGGUGGGCAGUCGUUACCAACAAAAGGAUCAGAUGAUGAACCACUACGCACACGCCGCCGCGAUCACAACCAAGGUCGGCUUGUGCGUGAAUUUAAGAAAUCUACCUUGGUUCGCUGCCGCUGAUCCCGACGCCUUUUUCCCCCGUUGUUACCGACUCGGGGAUGUCGACGAGAAGCAAGCAUUUAUGGACGACUUUUGGAUAACUGCUGCCCAGAGUAUCCUGAAGCUGGUUUCCGGAGGUCACCACAGGAGCGCCAUCAGUCUGACCGAAAACCGCGUCCCGGCUCAGGUUGUCGUCACUGCCCUGCAGGCCUGCGAAUCGUAUCUCGCUACAUUGGAACAUCGAGAUAUUGAUACAGAGACUCCCGCCGUCACCGAAGCAUCGCGGAACGAGUUUUUACGCAGCUACUAUCAUAUCAUCCAUGAUGGGGCUGCGAUUGAAGACUCGCAUCUGUUUGAGAUUCGGUGCAACGAUGUGCUGCAGAAGUUAAAGGCAGUGAAUCCGCAGCUGGGCAUCGAUGGCGUCCGGAACAUCUGGAUCGUGAAACCAGCAGCAAAGUCCCGUGGCAGAGGUAUUGUCUGUAUGGAUCACUUAGAAGACAUUCUGGAGCUGGAUCAAGGGGAUUCCAUGACUGCGAAAGAGGAGAAAUGGGUCAUCCAGAAAUACAUCGAGAGGCCGCUGCUCAUUCACGGCACAAAGUUCGAUGUGCGCCAGUGGUUUCUGGUGACCGACUGGAACCCUUUAACAAUCUGGUUCUACAAAAAGUGUUACAUCCGCUUCUCAUCGCAGACUUUCUCCCUGGAAAAUCUCGACAGCUCCAUACACCUCUGUAAUAACUCCAUACAAAAGAACUACAAGAACUCGAGGUGCCGCCACCCGCAGAUACCUGCGAGCAACAUGUGGUCCUCCUACGAGUUCCAGAAACAUCUGGAGAAAACGGGAGAAGGUCGUGCCUACAAGGAGGUGAUUGUGCCAGGGAUGAAAUCUGCCAUCAUCCAUGCUAUUCAAAGUUCCCAGGAUCUGGUGGAGCAUCGGAAGAACAGCUUUGAGUUAUAUGGGGCAGAUUUCAUGUUUGGAGAGGACUUCAAACCCUGGUUAAUUGAGAUUAACGCCAGUCCAACCAUGGAACCAUCCACGGCAGUGACCACCAGGCUUUGUCCUGCUGUUCAGGAGGACACUCUGAAGGUGGUGUUAGAUCGGAGACGUGAUCCAAAAGCGGAUGUGGGGUCAUUCGAGCUCAUCUAUAAACAGGCUCCUGUAGAUGUUCCCCAUUUCAAAGGAAGAAAUGUACAUGUGGUUGGAUCCGCUAUUAAGAUGCCACGUCCCCCUCCUCAGAGACCUUCCCGUGGCGGCGUUAAUGUGGGGAUUGCUCAGAGGAUAAGACAGAGUUCUCCAGCGAUGGUGCAGGCGAGAGUCCCAACAGCACCUUCUCAGGCCAGUCUGAGAAGCCGCUACGCCUGCAUCAUUCCACCGGACUCAGAGAUAGAGGCUACAUGGAUGCAAAGAACCCCCGCCUUAACUCUAAUGUCUUACCGAUCCUUGGCAAAGGAGCAACAACAGGUCCCGUUUACCAACAAAAGGGUCCACACCCCCCGAAGAUCCCGCGUGCGUCAGGUCCGAAAAGUGGCAAGCUACCACCUAUAUCCACCUCUAAAAAGAGCCACGGACGAACACCGGCGCAUGCGCGGAAUCCAGUGA